AUUUCUAUAUAAUUUAUAUUCCAGGCAUUCCUUGCAAACGACGAUCUGGGUGACUCUUUAGAUUCUGUUGAAGCUCUUAUUAAGAAGCACGAAGAUUUUGAGAAAUCACUAGCUGCUCAGGAAGAAAAAAUUAAGGCAUUGGAUGAAUUUGCAACUAAAUUGAUUGAAGGACAGCAUUAUGCUGCUGAUGAUGUAGCACACAGAAGAGAAAUGCUUUUAGAACGGCGAGGUAAUUUGUUAGACAAAUCGGCUUUUCGAAGAGCAAUGUUAGAGGAUUCAUAUCGAUUUCAACACUUUGAGCGUGACUGUGAUGAAACAAAAGGAUGGAUUAACGAAAAAUUAAAAUUGGCUACAGAUGAAAGUUUUACAACAGAUACAAGUAACAUCAGUGGUAAACUCCAAAAGCAUCAAAAUUUUGAACAAGAACUUAAUGCAAAUAAAAACAGGAUCGACGAAAUAAUUAGUACAGGACAAGAACUUACUGAAACACAUCAUUUUGCUUCGGAAAGAAUCGGCCAACGAUUAACAGAAAUUGUUCAGUUAUGGCAAAUGUUGGUUGAAGUUACUAAAAGGAAACGUGACAAGCUUGCCGAAGCAGCUGCUCAGCAGCAAUUCAAUAGAAGCGUUGAAGAUGUAGAAAUUUGGUUAUCUGAUAUUGAAAAACAACUUAGUUCUGAUGAUAUUGGAAAG